UUUACAUUCUACAUAUAGUGAACCAGCAAAAACCCUAAUCUCGAAAAACCCUCAUUUCUCUUCACUCUCCCUCAGAUUCAUCAUGGCGAGAGCGAUUGCUUCUUCCUUCUCACGCCUCUCCACACAUUUCACAAUGCGCAUUUUCUCCACCACCACUUCCGCCGCCGCCGCACUGUCAAAACCUUCACCCUUCACUUCCCGUCGUUUCAUCCUCCCCGUGUCACAAGCCAUACUCCAGUCGCUUAUUCCAACAGCCUGUUCCGGAAUGAGCCGCGCCGGUUUCUCGACCUAUUCGCCGCUUAACUCGGGUUCAACCUCCUCCUCCUCCUUCAGCGACCGACCUCCUACUGAGAUGGCUCCACUCUUUCCCGGUUGCGAUUACAACCACUGGCUCAUCGUUAUGGAUAAGCCCGGCGGUGAAGGUGCUACCAAGCAACAGAUGAUUGACGCUUACGUCCAAACCCUCGCCAAAAUUCUCGGAAGUGAGGAGGAAGCUAAGAAGAAGAUUUAUAAUGUGUCUUGUGAGAGGUAUUUUGGAUUUGGCUGUGAGAUUGAUGAGGAGACUUCUAAUAAGCUGGAAGGGUUGCCCGGAGUUCUGUUUGUCCUCCCUGAUUCUUAUGUUGAUCCAGAGUACAAGGACUAUGGCGCUGAAUUAUAUGUGAAUGGAGAGAUUGUCCAGAGACCACCUGAAAGACAGAGAAGGGUGGAGCCACAGCCACAAAGGCACCAUGACAGACCAAGAUAUAAUGAUAAAACAAAGUAUGUCCGUCGCAGGGAAAAUCAGAGGUAAAUCGCCAGAUUUAUUAAGGAGAGGGACCUGAUGUACAUAAUGUGGAAGUAGGUGCAUUAUAUGCACCUUCCCAAAGUCAUGGCUACUGAAUUCUUGUGGUGUUAACUGAAUGUGUGUAACUGGAUUUGUAUCAGGUGGAUUCCUCUUUGUUAUCGUUUAUUCCUAAUAGAAUCUACAUCAUGGACUUAAACAAUUAAAUCUUUUUAGGACAAAAAAAUGAAUCUUAAGCAUGCAUAUUAAAUGUUAAAAGCUGUCA